UUCUUUCCUUACAUCGACCUCCAAACUCAACAAAAUAUUCCCUUUCUUUUCAUCUUUAUCCUCCUAUUCCAUUGUAUAAUAACCUCUCCAUCGAUGGAUCUACUCUUGUGUUCAAGUUUGCAAAAUGGGGAUGAUCAUGAGUUUCAUGGGAAAAGGGCUGCCCAUUCCUUCAACACAGAUGCCGACUUAUGUGAUGGGAUCACUCUAUAAGCAAUUUGUGGACAAAAAUAUCAAGACAUUCGAUGAAUUCCAUGUUGCUGUUCUUGAAAUCUUCAACACAUUCAACUCAUCAUUACCUGGUAAACAUUAUGAUGUGCCCUCAAGGAAGGAUGUAGAGGCUGGUUACAAUGAUUGGAGAGCAGCUCCAGAGUUAAAAAAGAAGGAAAUGUUUAUCAAUUUCAUGAAGGAAAAAUUGAACACUGGCAAGUUAGAUGACUCUACCUUUAUCAUUGGGCUAGCAACACCUCCAGCAGCCAUGGCUGCUAAAAGAGCAGGAGAGAAUGUGCCCCAGUUAGGGUUUAUCAAGGCCAUCCCUGAUGUCAUCUUUGUGCCAUCCGCAACGAUACUCGCCCUUGUCUCAGCCAAACUCACUAAAAGGAUGCUACAAGGAAGCCCUAUAGCAUCUUGAUGACUCCAUCAUCCUAAACAAAUAAUUAAUUCGAUUGAUGUAAUGCGCGCUAGCUCUACAAUAUUGUUGGCCAUUACUUGAAAAGUUUCAAAGAGUGAUUAUCAUUAACAUUAUUAA